CAUUUUGAGCCGGGCCCGGCGGCGGCGAUGGGCCAUGGAGGUGCGGCGGCUGCGGGUGCCCGAGCUGCGGGACGAGCUGGGCCGGCGCGGGCUCGACACCCGCGGCCUCAAGGCGGAGCUGGCCGAGCGGCUGCAGGCGGCGCUGGAGGCGGAGGGCGCGCGGAGGGGCCCCGCGCCCGACCCGGCCCCUGAUGGACACUACGCCCCCCCCGAGCCCCAGGGCUACCUCACGCCGGAGCCGGACCCAGGCUAUGACCGGAGGCCUUUGGACCAGCCCCCUCCCGCUCUGCACCCAGACAUGAAGGUGCCGGAAGCGAAGCCAGAAGAUCCUCCCCCCCCUCCUCCUCCCCCCCCCACCUACAGCGUCCCCCCCCCCCUCUUACAACACCCCGACCCCCCCCUACAACAUCCCGCCCCCCCCCACCUACAGCGCCCCCCCUUACGGCGCCCCCCCCCACGGGCUACCCCGCGCCCCCCUACACCCCCGGCGCCUACAACACCCCCCCCCCCCGCUUACAACACGCCCCCCCCCACCUACACCACCCCCCCCCCCACUUACAGCACCCCCCCGCCCCCCACAUACAACACCCCCCCCGCCUACAACCCCCCCCCCGUGCCCCCCACCUACAACCCCCCGCCCGGCGCCUUCCCCGAGCGGGCGCCCCGCAAGCGGCCCUACGAGGAGCAGCGGGGCCGGGGGUACUACGAGCACCGCGAGGACAAGAGGGGCCGCUCGCCGCAGCCGCCCGCUGAGGACGAGGAGGAGGAUUUCGAUGACACCUUGGUGGCUGUGGACACUUAUAACUGCGACCUGCACUUCAAAGUGGCGCGGGACCGGUACAGCGGGUACCCGCUCACCAUCGAGGGCUUCGCCUACCUCUGGUCCGGGGCCAGGGCCACCUACGGCGCCCGGCGCGGCCGCGUCUGCUUCGAGAUGAAGGUGAAUGAGGAGAUCCCUGUGAAGCACCUCCCGUGCUCGGAGCCCGACCCCCACGUGGUUCGGGUGGGCUGGUCCCUGGACUCCUGCAGCACCCAACUGGGUGAGGAGCUCUUCUCCUACGGUUACGGUGGCACCGGCCGCAAGUCGACCAACAGCAAGUUCGAGGCCUAUGGGGAGCCCUUCGCAGAGAACGACGUCAUCACCUGCCUGCUGGACUUCGAGAGCGGGGAGGAGGUGGAGCUGUCCUUCCUGAAGAACGGCAGGUGGCUGGGGGUGGCGUUCCGCGUGCGCCGCGAGGCGCUGGGCGCGCGCGCGCUCUUCCCGCACGUGCUGGUGAAGAACUGCGCCGUGGAGUUCAACUUCGGGCAGCGCAGCGCCGCCUUCUGCCCCGUCCCGCCCGGCUUCAGCCUCCUGCAGCAGCUCCCGCUCAGCGAGCGCGUGCGCGGCACCGUGGGGCCCAAGAGCAAGGCCGAGUGCGAGAUCCUGAUGAUGGUCGGGCUCCCCGCCGCCGGCAAGACCACGUGGGCCAUCAAGCACGCGGCCGCCAACCCCUCCAAGAAGUACAACAUCCUGGGCACCAACGCCAUCAUGGACAAGAUGAGGGUGAUGGGGCUGCGGCGGCAGCGCAACUACGCGGGGCGCUGGGACGUGCUCAUCCAGCAGGCCACGCAGUGCCUCAACCGCCUCAUCCAGAUCGCCGCGCGCAAGAGGCGCAACUACAUCCUCGACCAGACCAACGUGUACGGCUCGGCGCAGCGCCGGAAGAUGCGCCCGUUCGAGGGCUUCCAGCGCAAGGCCAUCGUCAUCUGCCCCACGGACCAGGAGCUGCGGGACCGCACGGUGCGGCGCACCGACGAGGAGGGCAAGGACGUGCCCGACCACGCCGUGCUCGAGAUGAAAGCGAACUUCACGCUGCCGGAGGCGGGGGACUUCCUGGACUCGGUGGUGUUCGUGGAGCUGCAGCGCGCGGAGGCCGAGGCGCUGGUGCGGCGCUACAACGAGGAGGGCCGGAGCGCGGGGCCCCCCCCCGACAAGCGCGCCCCCCCCUUCCGCCCCCCCGGCGCCCCCUUCCCGCGCCCCGCGGCCCCCCCCGGCGCCCGCGCCUCCUUCCCCCCCCCCCGCGGCAGCUUCCGCGCCUCCGGCACCGCCACCGGCACAGGGUUCCCCCGCGGGGGGUUCCCGGCGCCGCGCUGGAGCAGCCCCGGGCGCGAUGGUGCCGCCGGGUACGGCCGGGGCAGCGCCGGCACCGGCAGCACCGGCACCGGCAGCACCGGCACCGCCCCCCCCGCCACCACCGCGCCCCCCUACAGCCAGGGCCAGCAGGGGGGGUUCUCGCAGGGGGGGGGCUUCACCCCCCCCAGUUACACCUAUGGGGGCUACGGGGGCUACGGGCAGAGCUACCCCCAGUGCCCCCCCCCCCGGGCACGGCUACAGCCAGGGCUACGGCCACUACCAGCAGUAUUCCCAGCAGUGGAGCCAGUACUUCCCGCCGCAGGGCCCCUGGCCCCCCUACUACAGCACCUACGACUACGGCAGCUACAGCAGCUCCCAGGGGGGGGCCAGCGCCCAGUGACCCCCCCCCGUGUCCGGGCCCCCCCCCCGUGUCCAUCCCUCGGGAUCGGGAUUUUCUGUUGCUCUGUUUCAAAGGAAAAGAAAAGUUAUUUUUAACCUGAA